AUGCUCAAGGUCAUUGAGCGGACCCACCUCAGUUCCUUCGGGUGGAAGCUGCCGGAGAACGUCGACAGCGCAUUAGUCAACGAUCAAACAUCAACAGAGCGGGAUACACACCGCUUCCACGUGGAGCCCAUAAUUGCCAUCGUCGGGUCCCACAUUGCCAUCGUCGACCAGCCGUCCGCGCCCCGUGAUUGA